AUGCCCUGGCAUUCGCAGCCCGUCGAAAUCGAGGACGACGGGGACCGCGGGCCAUCGCUCGCGAGCAAGACUGGGCAGGCGGCCUCAUUGGCAUUGGGGACGCCGUCGUCAAAGAACCCUCGACGCGCCCUGCAACGGUCCGCGACCUGCAGCCAGUUCCCCGCGGGGGUGGCCAAGAAGUCGAAACCCGCCGCGCUCGCGAGGAGCCGGACCAGCUGGAGCCGGAGCCGGAGCCGGGCCGCGGGCCCCGGUGCGUGGGCGGAGAAGCCUGACCAUGUGCGCUCUGUUGCUGCUGCUGCGACGGACGAGUCCGUCCAACGCGGCGCGCCGCCCACUGGGGCUCCGGCCGUGGUUGCGGCUCGUGUCGGCUUUGUAUUCGAUGGCCGAGGACCCGAUGUGCGCUCUGGUCCCGACACAGCACGGUCCCCGUCCGUAGACGAGCGAAGGGACGAACACCCCAGCAUUUGCGAAGCGCAAGCGCCGAGUUCUCCGACCCCCAGUGCGAAAUCUAGCCCCCCUGCUUCGAGCGUGGCGUGCGCGGCGCGGCGCGGGCGCCGUACGAAGGGGAUGCUCUCCUUGCCGGACAGGCAGAUCGGGAACCAGUGA